AUGGCUCUGCAUAAACUAAUCUAUUGGCUUUGCAGUAGUGUCUGUGCGCGGAGAGGAACCUAUCUGGGGGCAGCUGGCCAGAGAUACAUUUCUCCCAAUGAUCUACCCGCAGCACGAGCGCCUUGCUGGAAUUUGCAGUUGGCAAUCGGGGGAUCUUUUUCCUUGAGAGUUGGGUUUUGUAAUCAGCCACAAAUGAUGAAACCUUCCACGGCAGAGACUCUCCAUAAAGGAAGGAUGUUGUCGGUAAUUCUUCUAAGCACAAUUGCUCUAGCAUGGACUACACCAAUUCCCUUGAUAGAGGACUCAGAGGAAAUUGACGAGCCCUGCUUUGAUCCAUGUUACUGUGAAGUAAAAGAGAGCCUUUUCCAUAUACAUUGCGACAAUAAAGGAUUUAUAAAUAUUAGUCAGAUAACGGAGUCGUGGUCAAGACCUUUUAAACUUUAUCUGCAGAGGAAUUCCAUGAGGAAAUUAUACACUAACAGUUUUCUUCAUUUGAACAAUGCUGUGUCUAUUAACCUUGGGAACAAUGCACUGCAGGACAUUCAGACGGGAGCCUUUAAUGGGCUCAAAGUUCUGAAGCGAUUGUACCUGCACGAGAAUAAAUUAGACAUUUUCAGAAACGACACUUUCCUGGGCUUGGAAAGUCUGGAAUAUCUGCAGGCAGAUUAUAAUGUCAUUAAACGGAUUGAAAGUGGGGCAUUUCGAAAUCUGAGCAAACUCAGAGUCUUGAUCUUAAAUGACAACCUUAUCCCCAUGCUUCCCACCAACCUAUUUAAAUCUGUGUCCUUAACUCAUUUGGACUUGCGGGGAAACAGGUUAAAAGUCCUUUCCUAUCGAGGGAUGCUGGACCAUAUUGGCAGGAGCCUGAUGGAAAUCCAGCUCGAGGAGAACCCUUGGAACUGUACCUGUGAGAUUGUGCAGCUGAAAAGUUGGCUGGAGCGCAUACCUUACACUGCCCUUGUGGGAGACAUAACCUGUGAGACCCCCUUCCACUUCCAUGGUAAGGACCUGAGGGAAAUCAAAAGGAGUAAACUCUGCCCCAUGCUGUCUGACUCCGAAGUCGAGGCCAGUCUGGGGAUUCCUCAGUUGUCAUCUAGCAAGGAGAACGCCUGGCCGACUAAGCCUUCCUCCAUGCUAUCCUCCUUCCAUUUCACUGCUUCAUCUGUUGAGUACAAAACAUCCAAUAAGCAGCCCAAACCCACCAAGCAGCCCAGAGUGCCCAAACCUCCCCCUACAUCCCGAGGCCUGUAUCCUGGGCCAAACCAGCCUCCUAUAGCUGCCUAUCAGACAAGGCCCCCAAUCCCCAUCAUAUGCCCUACUGGGUGCUCUUGUAGUUUGCACAUCAACGACUUGGGCCUGACAGUCAAUUGCAAGGAGAGAGGAUUUCACAACAUCUCCGAGCUCCUGCCCAGGCCCCUGAACGCCAAGAAGUUGUAUCUGAGCGGCAAUUUGAUACAGAAAAUCUACCGCUCGGAUUUCUGGAAUUUUUCUUCCUUGGAUCUCUUACACCUUGGGAACAACCGUAUCUCCUACGUGCAGGACGGGGCUUUUAUUAACCUGCCUAACCUGAAGAGCCUGUACCUGAACGGCAAUGACAUCGAGAGGCUGACUCCAGGCAUGUUCAGGGGCUUGCAGAGCUUGCAUUACCUGUACUUCGAGUACAACCUGAUCAGGGAGAUCCAGCCCGCAGCCUUCAGCCUCAUGCCCAACCUGAAGCUGCUCUUCCUCAACGACAACCUGCUGCGGACCCUGCCCACCGAUGCCUUUGCGGGUACCUCCCUAGCCAGGCUCAACCUGAGGAACAACCACUUCCUCUACCUGCCCGUGGCGGGGGUGCUGGAGCACCUCCACGCCAUCGUGCAGAUCGACCUCAAGCUCAACCCCUGGGACUGCACCUGCGACCUGGUGCCGCUCAAGCAAUGGAUCGAGACCAUCAGCUCGGUCAUCGUGGUGGGGGACGUGCUGUGCGCCAGCCCGGAGAACCUCACCCGCCGGGAUGUGCGCUCGGUGGAGCUGGAGGCGCUGUGUCCGGAGCUGCUGCACGCAGCGGCCGCCUCGCCCGCCCCGCCAGGGGGCAAGCCCAGCCCCACCAGUCCCUCGGCCUACGAGCUCUCCCCGGCCGGCGCCGCCGCCGUGCCGCUCUCCGUGCUCAUCCUCAGCCUGCUGGUCCUCUUCUUCUCGGCCGUCUUCAUCGCCGCGGGGCUCUUCGCCUUCGUGCUGCGCCGGCGGCGCAAGAAACUGCCCUUCCGCAGCAAGCGGCCGGAGGCGGGGGACCUGAGCGGCAUCCACAUGCAGUGCCACCGCUUCUUCGAGGAGGGCGGCCGGGUGGCGGGCGGCGGUGGCGGCGCCUCGCCGGAGAAGGCCCACCCCGUGGGGCACGUCUACGACUACAUCCCCCACCCGGUGACCCACAUGUGCAACAACCCCAUCUACAAGCCGCGGGAGGAGGAGGCGGAGCGGGAGGAGGGCGGCGGCGAGGCCGGCGAGCGCCUGGGGGGAGGCGGGGCGGGGGAGCCGUUCGCCGAGCCCGGCCACCAGGAGAACAGCACCCACUACAGGACCUUGCUGGAGAAGGAGAAGGAGUGGAGCCUGGCCGUGUCCAGCUCCCAGCUCAACACCAUCGUGGCCGCCAACCAGCCGCACCACCACCACCCGGCCGGCGGCGGCGGGCUGGCGCUGGCGGGGGAGCUGGCGCUGGCGCCGCCCGGCUUCCCCCACGAGAAGAACGGCGGGGUGUUGCUCUUCCCGCCGGCCGGCGCCGGGCUAGACAGAGAGCGGCCGCCGCUGCCCUGCACGGUGGGCUUCGUGGACUGCCUCUACGGCACGGUGCCCAAGUUAAAGGAACUGCACGUCCACCCGCCGGGCAUGCAGUACCCGGACCUCCAGCAGGACGCCAGGCUGAAAGAAACCCUUCUCUUCUCGGCCGGCAAGGGCUUCACAGACCAACCCCCCCCAAGCGAAUACCUCGAGUUAAGGGCCAAACUCCAAACCAAGCCGGAUUACCUCGAAGUCCUGGAGAAGACAACCUAUAGGUUCUGA